GCUCGAUCAGCAAGUCUGCUCAGUACGCCCUUUCAAAAGCACCUUCUCUACACAGCGACUGGUUUCGCUUGCCCUUCAUUCAACGCACUCUUUCUAUCCCCAGUACCGCUCAUCAAUCACUCGGUCUUUACCACCUGCAACAUCACCCACACCACCCAAAAUGCAAUACAUCCUCCCAGCAACCUUGGCUUUUGCCGUCGCAGCCAAUGCAGUGCCUGCCCAGCACUGGCACUACCCCAAGGGCUUUGGAGGCCCACCAGCGCCUGGUGGCGCUAUCCCAACUGGCGGUGCUUACCCAACUGGCCUCGUUCCUACCGCCACAGGAAUCCUCCCAUGGCCCACCGCACCAUACAGCCCUAUCAAACAAUACCAGAACAAGGGCCGUGCCGAUGACGAUGAGGAGUCCAGCUCGUCUUCUGCCGCGUCCAGCAAGACCAAGUCUAGCAAGAAGGGCAAGUCGUCCUCUGCCACCGCUAGUGUGACCAAGUCGGGCAAUGCUGCGUCGGCCACAGGCGGUGCCUCUUCUGGCAACAGCUCUGCCCCUGCUACCACCGCGGCACCUGCAUCCGGUGGCUCUGGUUCGUCCGGAGGCAAGCUGCCAGCCUCCUCUGGCACAUCCAUCCUUAAGGCCGUCCAGACCAUCGCUGCUGGCGAGUCUUUCGACGGCGGCAUGGUCGCUUUCGACCGUGGCGCUUCCUGCACUGGCCAGACCGAGGGAGGCUCGUCCGACACGGUCUUCCACCUCGAAGAAGGAGCUUCCCUGAGCAACGUCAUCAUCGGUCCUAACCAGAUCGAGGGUGUUCAUUGCUUCGGUAGCUGCACCUUGACCAACGUCUGGUGGUCUGAGGUCUGCGAGGAUGCCUUCACCAUCAAGGAGCAAUCUGCCAGCGGAACCACCACCAUCAACGGCGGUGGUGCCUUCGGAGCUGACGACAAAGUUCUCCAGCACAACGGCGCUGGUACAUUGAAGGUCACAGGCUUUACUACUUCUGACUUCGGAAAGUUGUACAGAUCUUGCGGAAACUGCAAGUCCAUGAGCGAACGCCACAUCAUUCUCGACGACAUCACCGCCUCCGAAGGCUCCUCUCUCGUGGGAAUCAACAGCAACUACGGAGACACCGCCACCCUCACCAACAUCAAAGCAUCCGGCGUGAAAGACAUUUGCGUUGAAUACGAGGGCAACGACAGCGGCAAAGAGCCAACAAAGAAGAGCAGCGGUCCUUCUUCCGCUUGCAUCUACACCGAGUCCGACGUCACUUCGUCUUAGACUUGGUCAAACUGUCCAUCUGAGCUAGUGCGCAGCUGUCUCCUGCCUGCAUGCAUCACCCGUGCAAGCGAGUGAGCUGCUCACCUGGAUCACAAACCAGACUAGAAAUAGAGAGAGCUCCCAGGUCUCUCUAAAUGUAAUAGGACAGAUGAAAUGACACGAAGACAACAUCACGUUGUCCGCAUUCAUUUACACCACCGAUUUCCAUUAUCCAUUGCAAGUCUCUCUAACGAUGCUAUAAUUUAUGGAGCCGUCAUUCCCGUUCAGCCGUGAGGCCAUAGAUGCGUCUUGAAUACCAUCACACACACUCCCCAAAUGCUUGCUCCUCGGAAACUUGCCAAACAAAGGGCAAAUUCUGGGCAAAUGAUCGCUCGAACGCUAAAUGACAAUGAACAAAAAUUCUCAACAAAUGCUUACAGGUCCAGCCUUCGUAAAUCAUCAA